GAUUUUGGAUGUGAGAGGACGAGUUGCAAGAAGUUCUUAGUUCCCUGCUGGCGAAACCUCGUUUCGAAAUGAGUAACGAAACAGCUGUUGACGACGCGGACAGUAGUAUAGAAAGCAAGGAAAGUGCAGAUAUUACAGAAAUUCUUACCGAAGGUUUCAUGCAGUCAUUUGUUCCGAAUAUGGAGAGCCUUCAAGGACGUCUGGGCGAAUUAACGUGAGCAAGUCGGUUCGCACUAUAUUAAUUGUAUAAGCUUUGUUGUUUCUUGUUAGCUCAAGUACUUUCAGCUUUAGUUCACUUAAAAUGCAUCACAUCAUACUGCGUGCGUUUAUUCCAUUGUUUUUUGUCAGUUUUUGUGCAAAUUCAGCUUGAGGCAGGGUGAUUGUGGUAGGGUUUAUAUAAAUACUGCUUUCUGUACUUAUGGUGGAAACCGGUCGUUUCGCCAACGAGUCGUUUCGCCAACGGUCGUUUCGCAAACGUCUCCGGUCAGUUCGCAAACGGGUAGAAGUCAGUUCGCAAACGUUUCGAAGUCAAUUCGCAAACGUUAUAAACAUUGACAUGUCAACCUACGUUUUAACUGUACAGUUCAGAAUACUAACGUUAUGCCUAAAUUAUUGGGUCUGAAAUUUAAUGUUACAAACAUUUACAUGUCAACCUGGCUUUAACUGUACGAUUCAGAAUACUACAUUACUUACUCGUUGUAUGCGUAAAUUAUUGGAUGUGAACUCUCACCGCUUAUUUCCCGCUAAAGUAUAUUCCUCAAUCAAAUGGACAGACAAGACAGACCGCCAUUUUGAAGUUGCUUUAUUUAAACCCAGUCCUUUAGGAUAAUUGUUCGUCCUCUUCACUUACACGCGUGUGGUUCGGUUCGCGUUUUGUUUCAUACAGCUUACCUCGUAGGAAACACGCGCGCGCUAUUGUUAUCUUAAUUAGAGUUAGUUGUCACCUAUUUAGUGGAAAACGACAAAUCAGUGGUGCAGUAUGUAAUCGACUACCAAUCACAUUGCUGUGAUUUUGAUCCGCUGCUACUGGUCACUACAGUAUAUAAAGGGCUGCGAAGUUCUGUUCAUUUCAUUCAACUUACCUUCACGGUCAGUCGACAACUAGUCAUGGAAAGUUUUUAUUGUAUCUUCUGCGCUAAAGAAGUCACUUCUCGUCAGGAAGCUCUGUUAUGUGAUGGCUGCGACAGGUGGCAACACCGGCGAUGCCAGACAGGCAUCACGAGGGAAGACUACAGGGCUGCAGUGCGAUCAGGAAAGGAGAUCGUUUGGACAUGCAUUUACUGUGCUGAUGAUGAUUCCAUACCCAUCGCUGAGAGUACAAGACUCGAUGACUUUGACAUUCCACCGUCACUUGAUACACCGUCCCAGCGAUCAACAGCGGAAUACGAUAGCCGAGAGAGCUUGGAGGACAACCGUAAGUUUUUUUUUUUUUUUCUUGUACUUGGUGUUUCCAUAAUGAAUUAUUAUGAUUAAUCAGUUAGUCUGUCUUUUCUCUUAAAAUCUUUCUAGUUCUCGCAAUAGUUCACCCUAAUCAUAAUCGCCCUUUUCUGUUUCUUUUUUUAUAAUUAAUGUGAUUUUUGCCGUUUAUUCCACAGAUAACGAUUGCCUCACCGAGUCUUCAAUUGCUGAGCCACUCCCAAGCCGCGACGUCAUUGCCCACCACCGGGCCUCAGUUACUUACCAUCUAGUGGAAGAGGGAACCAAACGCGGGAGAGCCAUGCUAGUCGAUAGCCUUGGAUUUACUUAUAACGUAAAUGCCAAGAGAUCCCACGCUACCUAUUGGCAGUGCACGGUCCGUCCAAAAGGCAACCCCUGUAAGGCCUCGGUAGCAGAAAGAGACGGAACAUUCCAAGCGGGAAGAAUUCCCAUAACCACUCGGGCGGAUGUUGGCGCCGCAACCGCGAGAAAGAUCGUCACUACGGUUAAAGCCAAAGCGCUGGAGAACAAGUUCAAGCCAGCUUCGGCGAUAGUGAAUGAGGUAAUUAAUUCACUCGUUCUUUGCGUCAAAAGCCCUCACUCGCUCGUUCACGUGUUUUGACCCAAAGAACUUGUGAAUAUAACCCCGUACGCCGCAUGACGUAAAUUAUAUGAAUUAAAAAUAAUUCUGUCGAAUACAGUUUAGAUGAUAACCAUGCCUAAAAUAAGAACCUAGUUUAACUGUAACCCCAUUAAUCUGUUCCUAUGUUUUAGGUCCUGUUGGAUCAAUUGACAGAAGCCCCGUGCCCAGCCCUUCCCAAACCCGAGUACAUAGCGAGGGCCGCCAACCGUCUGCGCCAAAGUUUACGACCUGAAGACCCGAAGGACCUGAACUUCGAGCUGAUAGAAGAAUGUAUUCCCCAAGGAUUCUACCAGGCGAAUGUAAUAGUGAAGAACCGACGGCACCUCAUAUUUGCCAGACCAGAACAGCUGCAGACUUUGGCUAUAGCAAAGUCCUGGUACGUCGAUGGCACCUUCAAGCUAGUACGACAUCCCUUCAAACAGCUCGUAACCAUCAACGCCUUUGUUAGAUCCGGCGAGUGCGCGAAACAAGCACAGCCCAUUGUGGAUCUCGUCGAUUACAUGAAACGCCAGUGGAUCGAAAACCCCGUCUUCACGCCAAAGGACUGGAGCGUCUACAAACAACCAGUUCGUACCAACAACGACAUAGAAGGUUGGCAUAACGCCCUAAAUCGCAGAGCUGGUGGGCAAUGCAACCUGCCUUUAUAUUAUCUCAUCGAGCUACUGGACAGGGAGGCGGAGCUCACAGCUCUCACCAUUAGGCUGGUCUCCGAGAGGAAAUUGAAGCGCAUGCAGCGUAAAACUUACAGACAUCUACAAGCCAAGUUGUUUGAAUACUGGGAGCAGUAUGACAACCGACAGAAGACCGCCUCGCAGCUCCUCAAGGUCUGUUCACAUCUAAACGGCCCAGCACGUUAAAAGUAGUUACAUAGAAAUACUUGAAAUUGUCUCAUAGGGGCGGGUAUCACUCUGAUCGCCCACACGUCCCCGCAUGUAAUAAGGUAUAUGUUAAUUUAAGUGUAUCGGUUAAGUUGAUAGUAGUUGACGUGCACAGAAAAAUUUGAAAUAAGGUAUAUUUUAAUUUAAGUGUAUCGGCCUAAGUUGAUAGUAGUUGACGUGCACAGAAAAAUUUGAAAAAUGUUUAUUAGUGGUUUAGUCGAAAAUACUCAAUGUUAGGGUAGCCAUAUUACUAUCAUUAACAUGAAUCGGUUUUGUCAAAAGUAGCUACAGAUACGUAUUUGAAAUUGUCUUUAUAGGGGCGGGUGUCACUCUGAUCGCCCACACGUCCCCGCAUGUAAUAAGGUAUAUUUUAAUUUAAAUGAAUCGGUUAAGUUAAUGGUAGUUGACGGCACUCAAAAUUUGAAAUUGUCUUUAUUAGGGCGGGCGUCACUCGGACAGCCCACACGUCCCUGCAUGUAAUUCGUGUUAACUGUAAGCAAUAAAUAUGUUUGUGUAUUAUAACAACUUCAUUGAAAAAUUCCUGUAACCAAACCAGAGUCACUACCGGAACCGGAAAUAGAGAGUGAAGGACGUUGAGACGUUCAACGUACGUCACUUAGCAACCAUGUCAAUAUUUCAUUCCAAGAUGGAGGCGUUUUUAUCCGGUCUCUCGGAAUUUGUGGACCUCAGGAGAAAAGCUUCCUGAUAGAACACAACAACAGUAAGACCUGUUUCAUACCGGUAGAUUGAUUUGCGGAUUACAGCUAUUGUACAUGCAAUACGCAAACGCUGUGAUAGAGCGAAAUCAACUACAAGACUAGGCUUGAGAGUUAGUUUGUAUGGUCAAAUGUUGACAUCCGAAAUCAGAACUGAACUGGCUUCUACACAUAUGAAUGUUGAUAACGUUUGCGAACUGACUUCUACACGUUUGCGAACUGACCAGAGAUAUUUGCGAACUGACCGGAGACGUUUGCGAAACGACCGUUGGCGAAACGACUCGUUGGCGAAACGACCGACAUUCCUUAUGGUACCCAUAUUGGAUUAAGGAAUACUUGGCCACAUUGUAAUGUAUCAGUCAAAUCGAACCUUCCACAUCCCCCCGGGUAAUUCCCCGGGCAUUUUACUUUUUUGAAAAUUAUUGUUCCAAUUUCCCCCUCCCAAGCCAAAAAGCCGUUCAAAUGCCCCAUCAUACAGGUCCAUUUUAGGUGAUCAAAUGCCCCCAGCUCAGGAAAUUUUAAAAGUUACCAUAUUUCAUAAUACGAACAAAACUCUUGUGCAAAGCGGUGGAAACAUAUACCACACUGAAUGCACAGCUUUUCUUCGGGGGUCAUGCAACAUAAAGCUUUCUAAACAUUCCACCUACUUCAAUUAUUACUACAAAUCCAUACAUUCAUGACCUUUUCACUGAUGAUCAUUGCAUACCUUUUAAAUUUUUUAUUAAUAAACAUUACAUGUGGCCAGUAACAAAUCGCCGGUACUAUAUUUUAUUGUAACUCAACUUAAAACAUAUUCAUAUAUUCAAAGCAGGAAUCAUAAAAAAGAAUUUAAAUACCUUCGAACAUGGCACAAAGCUUGUCUGGACUGUUGCUUUGCAGCCAUUUGGCCAUGAAGCCACAAUCUUUCUCUCUGAAAUCAUUCCAAAGUCCACCAGCCUCGUGUGAAGCACCGAGACAUGUCACAUGAAAUCAAGGCUGUGGUUCAAAUUCCCCAGCCCCUGGGACAGCAAAGAUGUCAAAUGCCCAGGGGCGAUGUUGAAGCUUUGAUUUGACCAAUACAUAAUUGACAAUUAUUGAAUAAAGCUGACUGUCAAUGGGGGACUUUUUGGCAGAGGUCAUAUAUGCCAACACUCCCAGUUACAGCAGAAAUCUUCUGGUCUCCUGUGUUAGUUACCAAAUCUUAAAGAUAAAAAAAAAACUUUUUAGCUAUUGAUUGCUUUUUUUAAAUUAAGCCCAUUUCCCUGCAAAGUUCAAAAAUAUUUUGUUUCAUAGCACUGUUUCUGCAGCAUUUUGGCACUGGCUAUAUUGUCACUGACAAAGAUUACAGUCAAACCGCAUUAAUAAUGACACUGAUCAUGACGAGGCAAUAGAAAGUGUUCAUAUUACAGGUCAUGAUUUUUAAGUUAAAAACUGCCUCAUUUAUUUGAAGAAAAAUAAUACUAAAGAAAUUAAAACAGGGCAUUAGCAUAGACAAAUUAAACAUCUCUGACCUUCAAAAAGCCAUCAUACAUGUAGUUGAACAUUAUGGUGAUGUUUUAUGUCUUCUGUGACAUUUCAGGCAAAAUCAAGGCAUUUUGAUUGAAACUAUGCAACAGGAAAAUGACAAGUUUGUUGACUGUAUAUCAGCCAGAAAUCUUGCUUUGAUGGUAAGAAAACAUGACCAUUAAUGCUGUGUUGAUAAAAUUAAUUAUGCUAGGAGUCAAAGAGAAUUAACCAAGGUUAAAAUGUUUUAACUUUAAUUUAUUUUUGGCUUGUAACAUUUAAAUCCGAUCCGGUAUGUAAAGAGCUUUUAUUGUAUUGAUUCUUUUUUCGUAUUGUGUUGUAACGAUAAUGAAUGUUUGAGCUUCUUUGAUAAACAUAUAUGUGACAGGUCAAAUAUGAGUUAAGAAUAAUUUGAAAAUGUAUUCAAAUAAUAAUAAGUUUAAUUAAGUGUGUUUGUAUUGGUACUGGUAGGGAACAGAAGAUUUCUUGAUUUUUAGCCCAAGUGGAGUGCCUAAUAUAUAUAGAAAAGUAAAAAAACUUUAAGAAAAGCCAUUUGUUGUUUCUCACCAAAAAUUCCCAAACCAUAAUGGAGAAGAUACCCUGAUAGAAAAUGCUGUUUUUAAAACAAAUAAUUUUAUUGUGUUUAAACAAAACAAGGUUUGUUAAAGUGACUUAGGGAAAAUAAUGUACCACACCUGAAAUACUUUGUAUUAUGAGGAAGUUUCAACUCCAGAGACCAUUACAAAAAGAUAGAUGGUAGUUAUUUUACUCAGUGUGCAAUGUGAUAUAAAAUUUAAUAAUUUCUACUCCUUUUUUCAGCUGUCAUAUGUUCGCACAUACCAUAUAAAACUUAUGAAAAUCAAGCAGGAUAUGAGUUCUGUUGAAGACAGAGUAGGAAGACUUCAGGUGAGUUAAUUUACAUAGUCAUUUUUGGAUUAAGUUAACCAGGAGUUUAAUAGUAAGCUUACUAGUUUAACAAUUCAUCAGCUUUCCCACAUUGUGUGCAGUGUCACAGGAUUAAGUCAUAUGCUGCGUGUUCUAGGCACCUCCUUCUAAUUUUUUUGCUUAGUACGCCUAACUAGCAUACUUAGAAUGUAGCGAGUUCUUUGUUAGUUUAUUCUGUGUAUACUGGAUUCUGAGUAAAGCGUGAAAAGGGCCUGUUUGUUUCUCCUUAAGUCACUGCAUGUUUUUUUUUUUUAUCAGUUGUUUUUGUUAUAUGCUGUGCUCUGUGUUAAAGCCGAAAAAAACCAUGCAUGCAUGCUGAUGAAAAUGGAGCAUAGCCAUACUAAGAAAAAAUUAAAGAAAAUUCUUUCCUAAACUUGGCAUGGUAUAGAUUAGGUACCUACUCUAUGGAAACGCAAGAAAAGACAAAAUAAAGGAUCAUCCUAAGUACUGGUACGAAAAUAUUUUCAUUACUGUAUUGAAAGUGAAACAUGGAUAAUUAUUAUGUUUAUGAAGUAAAAUUACCAACCAUGUCUUCCCAGUUGGAAAGACAAAUUCUUACAUCUGUAUUUUAAUAAUUUAACAUUUUAGAAGAGAGCAAUGAAACUCAAGUUACAGAAAGAGAAAGAGGAACGCAGUAAAGCAGAAGCUCAUGAAAAACAACUUGAACUGGAGAGACAACUGACAGCUAAAGUUGCAGGCUCAGAACAUUAA